GAAGUGAAGUCACCGGUCACGGGCACGGACUCACGUUGUCGUGCUCACGUUUUCGCGCUCACGUUGAUCUCGCAAUCGGCCACCGGAAAAAUCAAUUUUGACUAAUUUCGGAACGCAACGCACAAAAAGUGUGUGUAAUUGUUUUGUUGUUCAAAAUUUAUUAAUUUACCUUCUAAUUAAAAAAGGGAGGUUUAAAAAGCUAUAAAAACCGUUAAAAAUAAUUAAAAAUAGGCUGAUAAAUUGAAGUUUUGUGGAUUAUUUGAAAAGCGUUCACAAUGGUUGGAUACUCAAUGAAUGGUCCGGCCAGGGAUCGCGUUAUAAAACUUAUGGAAGAUAAGGAUCGAAUAGAGACUGAGAUUCGAGAACAGACGGCGGUCCUAGCAAGCAAUAAUGUGGGUAUGUCGGAUCCUUUAGUGGACGCAGACGGCUUCCCCAGAGCGGACAUAGACGUCUACAAAGUCCGACACGCAAGACAUCGGAUCAUCUGCUUGCAAAAUGACCACAAAUCCAUAAUGAGGAGAAUUGAGCAAGGUUUAGCGGAAGUGCAUUCCGACUAUGUCGGUCCCAACGGAGAAGGUCCAUCGGUGGUCGCUCCAUCAUCGAGCGCUCCGUAUGCUAAUGGUCACUCCAACGGGCACAGCAAUGGCUAUGCCAACGGUCAUGGCAACGGCCACAGGAAUGGCGAUAAUAAUUUGGAUGACGCUUGCUUCGCGGUCGUGGGUGAAGUACAAGACGGUUCACCUGCUUAUGUAGCGGGUCUCCGUGAACACGAUGAGAUACUGCAAUUCGGUUCGAUCAACAGUGACAACUAUGCUGACAUACUCCAAGUAUCCCACCUGGUCACCCAUUCCGUGGGACAGAAUAUACACGUGCAGAUCCGGCGUGGACAGCAGAUACUAGACAUAGAUCUUGUCCCGAGACAGUGGUCCAGGCCAGGACUGCUCGGCUGCCAUAUACGCAGGCGUAACACUUAAGCGCUGGAAGGUUGUCAACUUUUAUUGUAAGGGAUUUAAUUUAAUUUUAAAUAACAGACUCGAUUGUAUAAUUGUGUCCACACGUUGGUUAUAUUAGCAUCAAGAUAUUGUAGCAAUUUUGUGAUUCAUCUCAAUAUUGAAUUGAAAUAUUGAUUUGAGUCUAAUGCGUGUUGUGCACUUUUUUACUCAGCAAUCAAAAAUUUUUAAACUUCUUAGCUAAUCUCAAUCCAAAGAGUGGACGCAGAAUUCAAGUAUCUCUAAACUAACAAUAUCUUUAUCUUCAAUGAUAUAUGCCUACGAAACUUUAUAGCGAACAUUUUCAAUAUUACAGUAGUUACAGUUAAUUAGAGCUUCAUUCAUAAUAAAUUACCGUUUAAAUUAGUUAAAUAUUUCUAAGGAAUUACAACAAGUUCGUGACUAAUUAAGUAGUUCUCUUUCCGUUUAAUAAUAAAGGAAAGAGAGAGACUGAAGUUUAGCCCAGUGUACUGGUAUGUACUCACAAAAGCACUUGACGUGCUGACUGUACUAAUUAAGGUAUUGUUAACUGUUUUAUUAAUUACAAACUAAUACUACUUUAGUGGGGAAAAGUGUACUCAAAUUUUUUAAUCGUAAGUACCUUUUGGUGUUAGUGAUAAUGCUGUAAUAAAAUAAUAAAUAUUAAAUCAUAUUACUAAACUUCUAAUUGGAUAGUUGGCACCAUUCAUUUAUAAUUUCAAGGCACAUUUUUUCUAAAAUAACACAAUUUCAACUUUGAAACCCAAUCAUGAAUUAUUUAGUACCUAUCUUUGAAGUAACGAAAAAGAGUCUUUCUUCGUCUUUGCAUACAUAAUCUAUGGUAGAAUCGCGUUUAUGUAGUUAAUUAAAAUGCGCCAAUAGAUUGGUGUCAGCUACCCUAUUGUUUAAUUCAGUAUCUAUAAACUAUUAAAAGUAUCACAGGGCUUGUUUUGCUACCGUCUACCU